CUCCCCAGCGAGCAGCCUCUCUUGGCUCCUCCCCGCCUUUAGCCCGGUGGCGAGUAGCGAGGAAGCAGCCUUUUCGGAGAGACGACGAAGCGCCGCAGUUCUCGAGCUGGUUGGGUCGAUGCACCCACCGCUCUCCCUCGAGUCGAGGCGCCUCCCAGUCCCGCUAAGCGUUACCUCCUUCGGCAGCUGGAGAAGCGCCGCCAAGUCUGCCGUUCAUUUCCCUGAGAGGGUGGCGAGGAGCAAACUUUCCGCGUUGGCAUGAACGGCGCCGGGGGCUGCUCGGCGGAGUCGCUGUCCUGAGGAAAGCGAAGCGGGGCAGCAGCGUCGAUUCAGAAAGAGGGAAGACGGGCGAACCUCAGCUUUUGCAAUGGGUUGCAGACUAAAUAAGUUGGAAAAACCUGAUGAAAAACGGCCUGGUAACAUCUAUUCUACUUUGAAGAGGCCCCAAGUAGAAACGAAAAUUGAUACUUUCUAUGAAUAUCAGUUUCUAGAAUUUACAACUUUAAGUGACGCCGAGUUACCAGGAUCAACAGUAAUCAAGCUCACUUCCUUACGUGAUCUUCCAGUUCAACUGCAAGAAUUGUAUCAGCAGGGCUUCAUUUUGGCUGCUCUCCAUCCCUUUGUGCAGCCAACUAAUAAGAAUGAGAAGACUGUUCAGGAGCAAAUCUUCAGGGCUGUCCUGAUCAAGAAAACAGAAAGAUCUUUGCAAAAGGAACCUGCCACUGAAGGGAAUACUUUGGAGAUAGAAAGUUGCUUCUUCUCAGAUCAACUUCCAGAUAAAUCAAAAAUGCCAGACCUUAUUAAGAAAAUUCAAGAUGCUGCAAGUCGGGGCCUGAAAUUUGUUGGGAUAGUACCUCAGCAGGUUUCCCAAAUGAACUCCAAGAGUAGCAGUGCUGCAAUAUCUAUCAGCAACAGCUCCAGAGAACUAAAAGGUGACAAAAAUCCAUUAGAUAUUCCUGAAGAUUGUGCUUCAUUAAAUCUUGAAAAAGGAGAUUGCACUGAUGUAUGCAAAGUCUCAGCAGCAGCAGCAGCAGCAGGAGGUAGUCAUGAGCAUGUGAACCCUAGUGAAGAUCUAGGAGGUGAACGGGAGGUCACUGAGCAUCUUAGCUUGAGCUCUGCUGGAGAACAUGAAGAGCAGCUUCAAGAAACUGAGAUCUUCGCUGUCUUCAACAAGCCAAAGACCUUGCAGACAUCCAGCCAAUACUACACUGUAACUGUACCUGUCAGAAUCAUCAGCAGCGGAAAAAGCAUUUGUACCUUAGAAGCCAAUUGGCUCGAGCACAUGACAGAUCACUUCCGGAAAGGGAGUACAUUGGUACAUGCUGUCUUCAGUCCUGGAAUGAUAAAUGAUUCCUUCCAGGGCAUGACAGAUGGAAUGUUCAUCUUUGAAGAUCUUUCUGUGGAUGAUAGCAAAAGUAUACAAGGCUAUGAUGCUAUUGUUGUAGAGCAAUGGACAGUCUUGGAUGGGGUCCAAGUACAGGCAGAUUAUAUCCCCUUGUUGAACUCGCUUGCCGUAUAUGGAUGGCAGCUGACCUGUGUACUUCCCACUCCAAUUGUAAAGACAAACAGAGAUGGGAAUUUAGCCACAAAGCAGAUCGUCUUUCUUCAGAGACCCUUCCUGCCCCAGAAAACUAAGAGGAAACAACCUAAGUUUCAUUGGAGGUUCUCCAAGCAUGACCGGCACCCGAAGCAAGGCAAGAAACCUCUGAAGGCAAAACUGAGGGCCAGAGCACAGCAGCAGCAGACGGAAGAAACGCAGGAGUCAGAAGCCGCUGCAAAUAUAAGGAAUUCGGAAGCCCCAUUCUCCACAAUUGAAAGUGGUUUGCAGUUCCCAGUAAUUUCAGAUCAACAGCUGGCUGGUGUUGAAGACGAAAGAACUCUUGAGCACAGAGACGUGCCUAUCUAUGACAAUGAGGUGUCGGCAGAAAAAUGGAACACAAGUCACAGUGGUGAUCAAGACCUAGUGGGCUUCUGUUUGAGUCAGAAAGGCACAGACGAAAACAGUGAAAGCCAGAUGUUUCAAGAGCAGUGCACUGAAGCAGACAAUGAUGGAAAGUGUGAGGCAGAAGCAACAGAAACUGGCUGGACUCAUGAGUAGAUCGGUUGGUUGAGAAGGGCAAAUAUUUGCCAAAGUAAAGGACUGAUUUUGAUUAUCACAGUUGAAUGUAACUAUGUGAUAGACUUGGUUUGACAAUGUUGAGUUUUUAUAGGUACAUAGUAGAAAUGUAAGCAGUACUGCGUUUUCACCUUGGCAGUAGAUACGAACUUAUUCAGGCUUUUUUGCUAUCCAAGGAAAUCCAUGGAUGAAUUGCUUUUAAACAAAACAAGAACAUUUUAUGCUUAAUAUCAUAUUUUUAAAGAAACUGUUAUUGUGGUGCACCAUAUUUUUAUUCAGUUUUGCAGAAUGGAAUUUAGGAUAUUAGUAGCUUUAAAGAACUGGUGAUAAUUAGAUUUUGUGCAUCCAUUUGUAUUGUCUUUGGACUAAAUAAUCUGUUUCAGAAAUUUAAAGCAAUAAUGAGGACUCAUGUUUUAUCUGAGGAGCCACUAGCGAUGGAGAGAGAGAGCGCGCACAGUGAUUUUCUCUAUGCUUAAGAAACUAAUUCAUACCCAGUGUAUCUGAUUGCUAUUUAAUCAAAUAGUAAUCCAGACUAUAAAACAAAAUGUUUGGUUUGUUUUUUUU